GCUGUUUUUCAGAUUUUAAACGAAGUGUAGCAGCGAUGCAAUACACUGUAUAUUCUAUAAGAUGGAUGUUUGCAGCUGCCUUGAGUAUAGGUAUAUUCAACUAUGAGUUUACAACAUUAUCUUACGGAACCGUGAACAACGUCGUUACCUCAUUCUUUGAAGAAACUCCUUACGCAACAGAUGCUCUGCCUAUCAUAGCUCAUGCCUUCGGGAUAUUUAUGACACCCUUCUUGAUUCUAUUCGCAGGAAAAAUUGGUGUUCGGAUGCAAUUGAUCUUUGGAUGUGUUUGUGCACUCCUUGGAAUGCUGUUUAACGUGCUUGGAUUUAUCAGCAGGAAGACGUACUAUUUGCUGCUAAUUGGAAACUCCCUUGUUGGAAUAUCUGACGGAUUUUUCUACGUUCUUCCAAUGACACUUGCCGCUAGCUGGUUUCCUGUGAAUGAAAGGGCAACAGUCAUUGGUAUGACAUGGCUUGCAGGAGGUUUUGGCAAUGCCUUUUCUGGCGCACUUUUUCCAGGCAUCUUUGUUAAUGCCACUGAUGCCAACGUAGGGUUAAUUUCUUCCAAUAAGAUUCAAGAGGUUUUUGCGUCAACAUUUGGAGUGCUUUGUUUUUUGUUAUUCGUAUCAACAAUUUCCAUGUGGAUAUUUGCUGCUGAUCACCCCCCGUUUCCUCCUACCGCUGCACAACAAAACAUAAUAAAACAACAAAAUGAGGAAAAAGAAGCUAAUUGUAUAGUAAAUUUAAAGACAGUUGUCCAUUUGCUACAAAACCGGAAUUUUUUGUUGUUAACUACAUCCCGUGCAUUAACAGUUUCUGUAUUUGGUAUGACAAAAGUAUUGAACUCUUCCAUGAUACUGAAGACAUUUCCAAGCAUGUCAGAUUCGUUUCCAGGAUUGCUACGGACCAUUGGAGCAUGUGUAGCAGCUCUCACAUCUUUCGCGACAGGAAGAUUCUUGGAUAGCUUCGGUUACUACAAGGAGUCGUGUAUAGUAUCAUUCAUUGCAAUAGUUUUGUGCUCACUUGGAAUAUUCCUCGGUCAUUACUUCAAAAACAUCAUUGCUAUCGGAAUAUUAUAUCCUUUAAUAAUGGCUAUAAGAUUGCCGACUGGAGUCGCCAUACCUGAAUUGCUGCUUGAAGCUACAUAUCCUAUCAAUAAUCUAAUAUUGAUGGCACUGUACGUCGUGCCGCUUAAUUUCGCUUCAGUACUGUUCGUUUCUUUGGAACGACUCAUAUUAGAAAUUUACGGCGAAGCAAUGGCGUCAUUGGUGCCCCUGAUAGCUAAUAUCUUAGCUUUAUUUCUACUUUUACUCGCAAAUCCGAAGUACAAACGAAGUGCAAUGGAUGAAGGAAUGAAAUCAAACUCGGUGUCUCGGAGAGAUGAAUAAAAGCCAGUCGAACAUGUCGACCAAAAACAUUGCAAUUGGUUAUGUAAUUUUAGUAUGGACGUUGUAUGGACACAAAAAAUGAUUGGCGGCCACAAGCGGAAUAUUUUUGUCAAUAUUUGCACAUUCCACUUGAAUAUGAAAAUUAGCCGAAAUCCUCGAUUAUUCCGAGAUAUAUUCAAUUUUUGCAAGGCCAUACAGCAGAUUCGAUAGUCCCAUGACUAAGUGAAAAACUUUCCUAUCCAGCAGAAAUGCACGAAUUGAACAGACAAGAUAGCUUUCGUGACCUCUCAUCAAUUGCUAGAUUCAACAGUUCCCGUUUUUUUGUUAUUUUAAUGUGUGUUUAUUGUUUUCAAUCGAUUCGUGCACGAUGAAAAUAAAUAUCUGAA